GUAUGUUUUAUACCUUUCGGUAUUUGGCAAAGUUCCAUCUUUCAAACUUGAAAUUGCGGGCAGACGUACACAAAAACGUAACUGCAACGAACUGGACAUUUGUGGUUCCACGAAGUGCUGCUGUGUGAUGGUGCACUUUACUAGCAAGUGCGCCUCAAUUGGUGUGUAAUCCAUAUGUCCAGAGACGCGGUCUUGUUCAACUGGCAGCGAUCGGCAGAUCAAAUCACCCAGGAUCUUGCCGCCCCAUCUCCCACCAUUGUGCUCUGUGUGAUGGAUUUGCGUGCUGGAAUGUGUUGUAACUAUCGCAAGCCGAUUUAAGCGCCACGGAGAGUACUCUUUCCGAAAGACGGUCACACUGCCACAGCACGUUUGCUUUUGCGCCUCCUGUUGCUGUUUUGAUUUUUACUGAGUUUCGCGUUUCACAUUUGGUGCUUGGGUAUCGCAAUAAAGCCGGGAGCGCAAUGGCCGAGGGAGUGGAGAGCAUCAAGCUGGAGGCCCUGACGCUGAGCGAGGGAAUCCGGCAGUCGCCCGUGUGCAUAAUUGUGCUGGGAAUGGCGGGCAGCGGCAAGACCACGUUCACCCGGAGUCUCAUCCAGCACGCCCAGGAGAAGUUCAAUCCGUACGUGGUCAACCUGGAUCCGGCGUGCAAGGAAGUGCCGUAUGCGGCCCACGUGGACAUCCGGGACACGGUCAACUACCGGGAGGUGAUGAAGCAGUACCAACUGGGUCCCAACGGCGGCAUUGUGACCGCGCUCAACAUGUUCACCACCAAAAUGGCCCAGUUUGCGGAGCUAGUGCGUCGCGCCGGCGAGCGCGGACACAAGUGGUGCGUGAUCGACACGCCCGGACAGAUCGAGGUGUUCACCUGGUCGGCUUCCGGGAGCAUAAUCACCGAGGGACUGGCGACCAUGUUCCCCACCAUUGUGGUCUAUGUAAUGGAUGUGCACCGCAGUGUUUGUCCCACCACCUUCAUGUCCAACAUGCUGUACGCCUGCUCCAUCCUGUACAAGACCCGUUUGCCUUUCCUAGUGGCGCUGAAUAAGAUCGACCUGCAGGACUGCAGCUUUGUGCUGGAGUGGAUGACGGACUUCGAGGCCUUCCAGGAGGCUCAGGAGGAUGAGCAGAGCUUCGUGAGCAACCUCACGCGUACCAUGUCGCUCACCCUGGACACCUUCUACGAGAAUCUAAGCACUUGCGGCGUUUCGGCUAAGACAGGCGUGGGCUAUGCCCAGCUCCUGACGAAGAUUCUCGACUGCGUGGCCGAGUACGAGCGGGACUACAAGCCUGUGUACGAGAAGAAGCUCCAAGAGCGGCUGGCGGAGAAUGCGUCGGGUCCAAAGCCAGUGGAUCAUGUAGAAGAGGACGGCGUGGCCGUGCCACUGGGAUUGGGGCUUCAGGAUCCACCGCCGAACUCCGGAAACAGCGUGUUUCUAAUGGCGCCUGGCCUGGUGCCCCAAUUAGCGGAAAAUGAAGAGGAGGACAUGGAGGAGGACGCGAAGGGCACCGCGGAGGACCAGAAUUUCCACAGCUUCGUGCAGAACCACCUGACUGCCCAGCAGAGCAAGCGCGACAAGCUGCAGCAGGAACAGUCCCAGCCGUAGAGUGAUCCCUUAGCUAGAACUGGUUGGUUUCCGUAAAUGUAGUUAUAGCGUAGUUACUUGCUGGGUAGGAUUGUGGCCCUCGAUGUAGGGGAGUUGUGAGUUCGAGUUUUCAUCUUUAUUAUUUACUUUAACAAGCAAAAACAUUCAAUAUAGUGUGUGUUCGUCACUUCCAUUUCCGAUAUUUGAUUUGUAUAUAUGGACUUAGUUUAGCCUUGCAAAUUAGUGAUAACAUAUACAUAUGGAGGAUAUAUCCCGCUCGUAAAUGUAAAUGCAAGCCUCAUACUUUGCGUUACUUAUUUUUGUAUAUAUAUAUGCAGAUAUAUAUAUAUUUACAUUUAUGCUGUAUGUAUUACGUGUGUACAUGCGUUGAGCAAAUAAAUCGUGUGUUGCGUGUGUCGGGUGCUGAUAUCUUACGUGCGAUAUCUUA